AGACUGUUGACCCGGUAGCGAAUGUAGGAGGGGUCAUUCGAGUUACCCGCUCACGAACAUGGCGUGGAGGGGUUGCGUUUUAAGAUGGGCUAGGGCUGACAUCAUUAGUACAGCAACCAGAGGAAACAGAUUCACCCUCAACACUCAACAGAGAUGUGGCUUCAGGAAAGCAGCGAAGGAGACAAAGACCAAGAAGGGGGUCAUAGAGGAGACGGGGCCCUCACACACAGAGCCCAAUGAAGGGCUCAUCCACAAGAGGGGUGCAUCUCCCCCCGUGGAGCCCUCAGUGGCAAACACACACCCCAGGAGAUUUGGCAGACUGGUCAAGCCCCUGGUGUUCACAAUAGGGUUUACAGCCUGUUCAUUUGGCACAGCGGCCAUCUGGCAGUAUGAGUCACUAAAGUCCCGGGUCCAGAGCUACUUUGACGAGGUCAGGGCCGAGGGUCUGGAGAAACUACGGCCGCAGAAACAGGAGGAUCUUCGCAAAUGGAUCAACAAGUGGUGGAACAGCUUGAGUGAGGGACAACGUACUGUUACAGGGAUCAUAGCUGCUAAUGCCGUGGUGUUUUGCUGUUGGAGAGUGCCAUCCCUCCAGCGCUCUAUGAUCAAAUACUUCACAUCCAACCCUGCCUCCAAAACCCUGUGUUUCCCCAUGCUCCUGUCCACUUUCAGCCACUACUCCUUCUUCCACAUGGCGGCCAACAUGUAUGUCCUCUGGAGCUUCUCCUCCAGCAUCGUCUCCAUGCUAGGCAGGGAGCAGUUCAUGGCCGUCUACAUGUCUGCAGGUGUUAUCUCUACGCUGUUCAGCUAUGUGUGUAAGACAGCCAGCGGGCGCUUAGGUCCCUCUCUUGGAGCGUCAGGAGCCAUCAUGACAGUCUUGGCUGCCGUCUGUACCAAAAUGCCAGAGGCUAAGCUGGCAAUCAUCUUCCUCCCGAUGUAUGCUUUCUCUGCAGGCAAUGCAUUGAAAGCCAUAGUAGCUAUGGACACAGCUGGCCUAGUUUUAGGAUGGCGGUACUUCGACCACGCGGCCCAUCUAGGCGGAGCUAUUUUUGGCAUCUGGUACAUCAUGUAUGGCCACGAGCUGAUAUGGAAGAAUCGCGAGCCUCUAGUGAAGGUGUGGCACGACCUUAGGACGAAGGGUCCUGGUGGGGGAGGAAACGGUGGCAGCGGCCCCCUGUAGAGCACACUGGACUGGGUGAAUGCAUAUGGAUGGACUGGCCUUGUUAAUUUAUACAUAAAUUAACAGAUGACAGAAGAUUGUCAGUAGUAUCAACAGCCUUGCUGGCCACACAAACCAUAGCCCAACUCUCCAUUUACCCCACACACACAAGCUCUACGUUUGUCACUCACACAUGUAAAUGCCAUCUGUAUUCAGUGCUCUCUCUCACUAACUUAUAAUGCAGGGCUUUUGUGAUAGUCAUGCUUAUAUGUGUUUGUGAGAGAAGAGAGGACACAAUGGGGACAUAUUGUGAAUACAGGCCCUAGUGUAACUCAACAAAGUGUUGAUCUCGAAUUAGUUUAACCUUUUUACAUCAUAAUCAUUAAGAUUAUAUUUGAAUACGUACCCAGGACCCUACGGGUCGUCAACAUCUCCCCAAAUGCUGAGGUGGAGGCCGUAAACCCUAAGAUACGAAAGCCACACGGUCACGAAACCUCUCCCACUGUCAGUACAGGGUAGGGCGCUAUAGUGUCAAAACCAAUGAUAUCACAUCUACAUGUGUUUUUAUAUGAUGAUACACGUGUAUAUGAUGAUAUCUAUUUUCAAAAGCACUCAUUAUUCACUGGUCCCUGCAAAGAGCAGGUGUUAAUGUUUUGUAGACUCAGUGUGUGUACAGGAAUAUUUGUUGUAGAUUAAAGAAAACCAUUUAGUUUGUUAUUUGAUUCAAAUAAAAUGUGUAUUUGUCUUGUGUUCCAGGC